AUGUUGGAUUCGCCUCUGCGUUUGCAUUUCCUCUCGGUACUCUUACUCUGUUGUGUCUCCCCUUCAAGCUUCGUCGUCAUAAGGAAUCCUGUUGUUGAUCUUGUUGCUUGUCGUCCACGCCAGAUUGAAGCCUUUACGCAGUUCAAGAACGAGUUUGAUACCCGCCGUUGCAACCACAGUAACACCUACAAUGGAGUAUGGUGCGAUAAUUCUACCGGUGUAGUCACGAAGCUACAACUUAGGGCAUGCCUCAGUGGAAUUCUGAAGCCCAACAGCACACUCUUCAGGUUUCGCCAGCUCCGUCAUCUUGAUCUCUCUCACAACGACUUCACCUCCUCUUCACUCCCUUCCGAGAUUGGCAAUCUCAACAAAUUAGAGGCCUUUCCUAUAAUGAGUUCACUGGUAGUUUUCCUUGUACGAAAUCUAACAAAGCUCAAUGGUUUAGAGCUAGAAAACAAUCACUUCUCUGGAACCAUCCCUUCUUCUCUCCUCACUUUGCCUUUCUUAGCAAUUAUUAACUUGAGGGAGAACCAUCUCACUGGUUCUAUUGAAGCUUCUAACUCCUCUACUUCAUCUUGGCUCGAGUUUCUGUACCUUAGGAAUAACCAUUUUGAAGGAGAAAUCCUAGAGCCUAUCUCAAAGUUCACCAGCCUCAAAGAUCUCGACCUUUCUUUCCAAAACAUAAGCUACCCGAUUGACUUAACCCUCUUCUCCUCUCUCAAAUCUUUGUUGAUCCUUGAUCUCUCCGGUAAUAGUAUACUUCCGGCCAGUUUAAACAUUUCAUACUCCGCCAAACUCUAUCAGCAUCUUGUCUGCACGGGAGAAUAG